AAUAUUUUAAUACUUUAAGUUGCAUUAUCUGAAUAAAUGAAAAAUUAAAUUAAAUUCAUUAGAUGAGAUUCGAGAGUACGAAAACGUAGUACAUCCCUAACGUUGCAACAUUACUAAUUAUGUGCACAUAUGUUUUCAAGAAUACAACAACACUUAUGUAAAUAAACACCCGGAGCAACAAAGCAAGCACAUGGUUUUGUAAGGACUAAAUUAGUUUUCUACAGUUUUUUUUACUUUUACUUCUUGAAAAUGCCGAAAGUUAAAACAGAGAAAAAAUCACGCAUACACAAUGAGGUGCAAAAGCAAGGUAUUGUUUUCAAUAAGGAUUUUGGUCAGCAUAUUUUGAAAAAUCCAUUGGUAAUAACAAGUAUGCUGGAAAAAGCUGCCUUGCGAUCUACCGACACUGUUUUGGAAAUUGGUCCUGGUACGGGUAAUAUGACAGUUCGCAUGUUGGAACGCUGUAAGAAGGUGGUAGCUUGUGAAAUAGAUACUCGUCUGGCAGCAGAACUACAAAAACGUGUGCAGGGUACACCCAUGCAACCGAAACUACAAAUGCUUAUUGGUGAUUUCCUCAAAGCUGAACUGCCUUUCUUUGAUUUAUGUAUUGCCAACGUACCUUAUCAAAUAAGUUCACCUCUAAUAUUUAAGCUAUUGUUGCAUAGACCCCUAUUUCGUUGUGCCGUUUUAAUGUUUCAACGAGAAUUCGCCCAGCGUUUGGUGGCAAAACCUGGGGAUAAAUUAUACUGUCGGCUAAGUAUAAAUACACAGUUGCUGGCACGAGUUGAUAUGCUAAUGAAAGUAGGAAAAAAUAAUUUCAAACCCCCACCAAAAGUAGAAUCCAGUGUGGUGCGUUUGGAACCCAAAAAUCCUCCACCUCCAGUAAAUUUCACCGAAUGGGAUGGUUUGACACGCAUUGCAUUUUUGCGUAAGAAUAAAACCUUAGCUGCGGCCUUUAAAACAAAUUCGGUUAUGGAAAUGCUGGAGAAAAAUUACAAAUUACACUUAUCAUUAAGGAAUUUGCCCAUAGAUGAAAAUUUUAAUAUGCAAGAUAAAGUUAUUGGCAUAUUACAAGGCCUGCAAAUGGAAAAUUUACGUGCUCGUUCAAUGGAUUUAGACGAUUUUAUGCGCCUAUUGCUGGCAUUUAAUUCUGAAGGAAUUCAUUUUAACUAAGACUUCAUGUUAAAAUAGUUUUAGCCAUGUAAAUAAGUACAGACAAAUUUAAGUUAUGUAUAUUAAUUUAGUUAUCAAUAAAAAAUCUUGAUACGUUCGGUAACUAUUGAAA